CGACAAUGCGACCAUGAGCUCCUUGCACCGUCUUUCAACUGCACAAAACUCCCUGAAAAUCCUACGAAUGGACCCCAGGUUUCUCGCUUCGACACCGAUCCAAAUUAAUCAGGAAUUCUGGUGUUUUUCGGCCGCAAUUCCUGGCCCCUUUUUGCACUGGUAGCCCAACAGAAAUCUUGCGUACCUUGGCCUCUGGUUUGGAGAUGUUUCUAUAUUCUACCUGGAUCAAAAAACCAAAAUGAAGAUCUUCAUUUUUUUCCUUGCAAUAGGGAGGACAUUUUACCCCAGAAAACUGCCGGCGGCACAUCGGAUCUCGGCUAAAAAAAAUUCACUUUGCAAAGUGACCAACCGGGGAUUUAUAAGUAAAAUCGAUGACUCCUGCACUUGGGACUUCUCUUCUCAUACACUGAUGACGACCACGAUGCCGCCCAGUCCCACGCUCGACCCUGUUCCCAAUGCAACUGCCCCUGCCCCACCUAAGAAAGGGAAACCUGGAGAGUCCUGGAAAGCUCAAGAAACCCAAGUUCUCCCAAGAAAUCGUCUUCCUAUUGUCUUUUUUGGAUUCAUGGCGUGUGUAUUUCUGGCAGCCCUAGACCAGACAAUUGUCGCGACCGCUUUGCCAACUAUUGUCGAGGAACUUGGUGACGGCAACAACUACAGUUGGGUUGGAAGCGCGUAUCUCCUUGCCGCAGCUACAUUGUCACCGCUGUACGGGAAACUAUCAGACAUCAUUGGCCGUAAACCCAUUUUAUACUCUUCUAUCCUAACCUUCCUGAUUGGGUCCGCACUGUGCGGUGCUGCUCAAAACCUCACCUGGCUCAUCAUAUGUCGCGCCGUACAAGGUAUAGGAGGAGGAGGCAUCAUGCAACUAGUGAAUAUCACGAUCAGUGAUAUAGUUCCCCUGCAAGAGCGAGGGAAAUACGGGGGCCUCAUUGGGUCUACCUGGGGUAUUGCUAGUGUCGUCGGACCCCUCCUUGGUGGUGUAUUCACUGACCAUGUUUCAUGGAGAUGGUGCUUCUGGAUAAAUCUGCCUACAGGCGGCAUCGCUGCCCUUAUAUUGUUCUUCUUUCUCAACCUAAACGCUCACCCAGGACGAACUCUCCGCGAACACGCUCGAGACUUCGAUUUUGUCGGCUUGGGCUUGAUCGUGGCAGGAGUGGUUUGUCUCUUGAUUGGUUUCAACUUCAGUGAAGCGAGCUGGCAAGCUCCGAAAACGAUCGUGUUGAUUGUGCUUGGGGGUGUGCUUCUUGUAUGUGCUGGAAUCUUUGAGGGUUACACAAAGAGGUCGCCGAUCAUUCCGCCGCGUCUAUUCAAAACUCGGACCACAGCGAUCAUCCUCGUAUCGACGUUCCUUCAUGCUCUAUCCUUCUUCGUGGGUGCAUAUUAUUUGCCGGUAUACUUCCAAAUUUUAGGAUCCUCAGCUACCGGUGCCGGAGUCAGGAUGCUUCCCUUCUCCCUUGGCUCCUCCAUCGCAUCAGCCAGUAUGGGGUACCUUGUCUCUCACACGGGGGAAUACCGUCCAGUUCUAUGGAUAUCUUGGACUCUGUUUACCCUUGGCUACGGGUUAAUGAUCAUGUUGGACAGCUACUCUAAUACCGCCGAGAAAAUCUUGUUCCCGCUUAUCGCAGCUUUGGGUCUAGGAACGAUGUUCCAGGUCCCGUUGAUCGCUCUACAGGCAGCGAUGCCUCUCAAGGAUAUGGCGACUAGUACGGCGGCAUUUGGGUUCAUCAGGACGUUAGGCGGAACCGUUGGCAUCUCCGUGGGAGAGGUUGUGUUUUCAAGUACACUUACGAAACGGCUGGCCAAGAUACCCAACGCAGAGAGCGCCCUGCCUAGUGGGUCUUUAAGUGAAAGCGUACGGCAAUUGAAGGACAUAGCGAAUACUCAGCUGCGGGCGGAAAUCAUCCAAGCUUACUCACGUUCUAUCAGCUCAAUAUGGUUAGUCCACACCCCGAUCUGUGGUGUCGGCUUCCUGCUAGCAUUUGGUAUACGAAAGUACAGCUUGAAGCGAGCGACGGUAAAAGGCGCCCCGCAAGGUGAGAAGGAAACUAAGAAGAACGGGGACUCGGAUACGGAAAAGGCAGAGAACACGGGGAGGAAGAAAGGACGGUGA